AAUUUUAUAACCUGCGAUAACAUGGCAAGGCAUAGCUUCAGAGAUUUCCUCCAUAAACAUUUACGGAAAAACGAUAUCCCUCAUUUGCAAUGGAUAGACGAAAAUAAGCAAACCUUUCAGGUUCCAUGGCCAAAGAAAGACUCUAAAGAAGUUCAAGGGAAAAAUAUAUUUCACGAAUGGGCGGUAUUGAACAACAGAGAUAGACCUUUCUCAGAUCAGAAGCAUAAUGUUAGAGCUGCGUUCUCAAGCGCAAUAAAAAAGUCAAAAUAUCUUGAGUUAGUUGAAUCAACGCAUGCUAAUAGUGAAAACAUUCAAGUUAAAAUUUAUAGAUUCAUAGGAAAUGAUGAACAAAGUCCUACUGAAGCAGCCAAUAUUACACCAGGUUAUCUACUAAAUGAGGUUAUACCUCAAAACGAAGAUUACAGUUAUAUCCCUGAUCUAGGCGAUAUAGAACUUCAACCAUUUUAUGACACACCUAUGUUGAGCGAUUCAAAAACCGAAUUGUCACAAGAUCUUUUUAGUCAAACUGAAAAUAUGAUAAGUCCGAGUUCGAUUUCUGAUAGUCCAACUCAAAAUGAAAAUUCAGACAAUAUUCGUCAAAAUUGUCAAUUAACAGAAGAACUCUGUCACUACAUUGAAGAUAGUUUUAGAGAGAGUUCUAUGGAGAUUGAACAACAUGCGGAAGUUCCGGCUUUGACGAUAUUUCCACUAAGCAGCUCCGAUAAAUGCUUUGCUCUCUUAGGCAACUUGUACGAAACGGACAAAUAUAAGCUAAAAUUAAAUGUAAGGAUAAAAGAUAGCAUGAUAUGUGAAACUUUAGAAACUGACACUGAACGUGGAUUUGUAAUAUCUCCACAAACUACCAAUUUUGAAUCUAGGACUAUGGCUAUAUGGCCUGGAUCACAACCUGUUUACAUUUCAGACAAAAACUUAUAUAAUCUGAAUGAAACUAGAUAUAAAAACUUUCAGAAAAUUCAUAACAACAUGCUUCACAGCUUUGGAUUUCGAGCCGAAUACGGCAACAUAUUUUAUUCUAGACGAUGUCAAGUAUCAGUUGUUUGUAGUGAUCAGAAUCAACGAGAUGGAAUUAUACAGUUGAGACGACCGAUGGGUUCAGUUCUACCUUUCAGUGAUCCGGAUGUUGAUACAAAAAUCUUUGAUUUAGAAAUUUUUCUCAAUCAAUUAACGGAUUAUAUGAAUAAAAGAGGGCAGGCUAAGCCCUUUCCAGGAGUAAAGUUUUGUGUAGGCGCAAAAGUAACUAGAGAGGGAGAAAUAAGGGAUCAGCUUAUAAAUGGUGAAGUUAUAAGCCCUUUGGCAGAGGAAUUAUUUAAACUUUGCAAUAAAUCACCUGACGGCGAAACUUCAUCUAUAUAUAUAUCUAAAUCGAAUGAAGGUGACGACGGCCUGGAAAAUUACUUGAAAAGUUUGAAUAUUAACUAG